GCUACGUAAAUGAUAUCUUCUAAGACCAUGGUUAUGAAUAUGAUAUCGAGCGUAAUCAAAUUAUGGGUUUGUUUUCAAUAUAAAUUGAUAUCAUUCAAAGAUAGUAAAUGCUCAUAAAAAUUUUAAUAUUGUCUAGUUGAUAAAUUACGAAUAGAAAGACAUGUUAUCAAUUAUUAAUUCGAUGUAUACAUUUUAAAAGUUUCAUAUUGACAUUUUCAUAAAAUGCUUAUUGUUAUGUGGCUUUAAAAAUAUCCCUUGCUACAUGUUUAUAUCUAUCAAAAACUUAUCAUGACUUGCAACUGUGUCGAUGCUCCUGUUCCUCCAUUGUUUGGUGUACAAACUUUAUUUGCUGCUCAACAUACCUCUGAAUCUUGUGGUGCUAAUGGUCUACCGUUAACUCCUAAUUCUAUUACAAUAUUAGGACGUGCUCAAAAACUAAGGACUUUAAAUCAUCCAAAUUUAGUCUUGCAUUUAGAUUUUAUUCGAAAACAGCAUGGUCGUAUAAUUUUGGUCUCUCAGUAUUUCAAACGAUCUCUAUGGACUGAAACAAAUAAUUAUUUAUUAUUAUUGCCAUUGGAAAAAGUACUGAGUUGGACCCAUAGAGUUUUAGAUGCUUUAACUUAUUUAAACAGCAAUGGUGUUGUGCAUCGGUUUUUAACUCCACAGUAUAUACUAUUUGAUGAUGAAGAUAAUGUUAAAUUAUUUAACUAUGGUCUUUACUAUAUGACAAAUAGCGGUAAAAAUAUUACUUUUCCCAUUGGUAAACUUAAAUACACUGCACCUGAAGUAUUAGUUCUUGAUAGAGAUUCAUACAAAUCAGGUCCUAAAACAGAUUCUUGGUCUUUAGGUAUAAUUGUUUUAGAAUUAUUACUUGGAGCACAACUUUGGCCAACACUUAAACUUAGUCAAAUUAUACGGAAAAUAUUAUCAUUAACACAUUGUACAGAUGUUGUGAUGAGAUUAGCUCGUGAAAUGGGCCGCUUAACAAUGUAUCAAUCUUUGCCUGAUGAAUUAAAAGACUUCCUUGGUAAAUGCAUCUGUAUGGAUGUUAAGAAAAGAUUGUGUCCAAAAGAACUAUUUCAUCAUAAAAUAUUUUCUGCCUAUGAGUACUCAAAAAUAUUAAUGAAUAAAUGUUAUUCAUGUAAACAUCCAUUACGACAAAUGAAACUGGAUCAAGUCUAUUAUUUAUGGAAGCUAGCUGGUGGAGAUGUUGAAUGGGCUUUAAAAAAGAAAGGCUUAUUAAGGAACGAAUCCCCUAUCUUACUUUUACCUCGACUAAUCAUUCUUGAAGGAACAUUAUAUGGUAAUACACGAAAUCAAAGUUCACUAUUAGAUUUACAGAUAGUUGAACUACCCUUAGACCUAUUGGUUAAUCGUCUUCAACAUCUCAAAAUAACAGAUUAUGAUCCUUUAAUUGAUCAAGUUAAUAAACAAAAUGAUACUACUGAGAAGUUACCAUUGGUUAUUCGUGAAAAAGAUACAGAAUAUCAAUUUCGACGAAUUAUUUUGUUUGACCGCUUAUUAGCUGCUUUUCCUUUUAAAUUGGACAAAUUACUUAUCGAAGCAAAGAAAGAUAUUCCUCCAUUUUUCAGGGGAGAGGUUUGGGCAUGUUUAUUAAAUGUUUGCGGUGAUACUGAAAGUAUCUAUAUGUCCAUAGACAAAGAAACAGCUGGUGUGACUGAUAGACAAAUUGAAGUUGAUAUACCAAGAUGCCAUCAAUACAAUGAUUUGUUAUCAUCAUCAGUAGCUCAUAAAAAAUUAAAAAGAGUCUUGAAAGCAUGGCUUGUUAGUCAUCCUAAAUAUGUUUAUUGGCAAGGCCUGGAUUCAUUGUGUGCUCCCUUUGUUUAUUUAAACUUCUGCAAAGAACAUGUAUCUUAUGCUUGUCUUACAGCAUUUGUGAAGAAAUAUUUGAAUGAUGUAUUUUUAAAAGACAAUGCUGCUGUGAUUCGAGAAUAUUUAAUAAAGUUAUCUCAUUUAAUUGCAUUUCAUGAUCCACAACUAGCAAACCACUUAGAUGAAAAAGGUUUUAUACCAGAUUUAUUUGCCAUACCUUGGUUUUUAACAAUGUUUUCUCAUGUUUUUCCUUUGCAUAAAAUUUUUCAUCUUUGGGACAAGCUAUUAUUAGGUGAUUCCUCAUAUCCAUUAUUUGUUGGGUUAUCAAUCCUUACCCAAUUACGUAGUACCUUAUUAAAUUCUGGAUUUAACGAGUGCAUAUUAUUAUUUUCUGAUCUGCCAGAAGUGGAUAUUGAGAAGUGUGUUUUAGAGUCAUCUAAGUUUAAUGAUGCUACACCCAGAUCUAUUACCUUUAGGAAAUAUGAAUUAAGAACUGAAACACGAGAGUAUGAUCCAUGUUUAAUGUAUGAGGUUUUGCAAAAUGAAUUUAGUCCUAGAAUAAGCAUUUACGAUUUAGUAGAAUUAAAAAGUUCCAGCCUUAAAUUUUUAGUUUUAGAUACCAGACCUCAAGAAUUUUAUAUAGAAAAGAGUAUACCAGGUAGUUUGAAUAUUCAUGUUAGAGAGGAAGAUUUAGUAGAUGAAAAUUUUGAUUUAGCACCUUGUCCGGAAUUAAGUGCAUUGGUAAACAAUAGAGGCAGUAUAUUAAUCGUAGUGGAUAAUGUAUUUGAAUUAAAUAAAGUAAGAUCAUUUUGUAGAUUUUUAGUGAAAAAAGAAUACCCUAAAGUAUGCAGCUUGCAUGGAGGUAUUGAAGCAUUAGAAAAUUUUAAUAUCUUGGUACCUGCAAUAAUGUAUUAAUAUUAUAUAAGAAUUUUAUCUGUAUUUAUAGA